UUGGCUUAACAAGUGUCCGUAACAGCAAAAUAACGCCUCUCUCUGUCUCAUCCACUAAUCAUGGCGGCACCAAAACCGCUACCCUCCAAUCUUUCCCUCCCUCACUCUCCCUCACUCUCUAGAUUUCCUCAAUAUUGUUUUGCCAGUUUCAUUCAAAUACUACAAAUACCCAUGUUCCUCUUUCAGAUUUUGUAGAACCAUGGAUGACUUUGGUACCUCUCUGUCUCUGUCUGGUCUCCUCUGUCAAGAAGAUGAAGCUUCUUGUUUCAAUCUGAGUGAAGAUGAAUACACUUGUUGUUAUGACAUGAACAUUGAUUCUUUUGGUGUUUUAGAGAGUGAUGAGAUUGAAUACAUUGAGAAAAUGGUUGAAAGGGAGACGAUUUUAGGAUCUACAACUUAUAAUGAUUGCUCAACCACCAGUUUUAACUGGUUAAAAUGUGCUCGUUUGGAUGCUGUUGAAUGGAUUUUCAAUACGCGAGCUAUCUUCGGGUUCCAGUUUCAUACAGCUUAUCUUUCAGUGACUUACUUUGAUCGGUUUCUGUCAAAAAGAUCCAUUGAUGAUGGGAAAUUGUGGGCUAUUCGAUUAUUGUCCGUGGCUUGUUUGUCAUUAGCAGCAAAGAUGGAGGAGUGCAGAGUUCCACCAUUAUCAGAGUUUCCAGUGGAAGAUUAUUGCUUUGAAAACAAAGUGAUUCAAAGAAUGGAGUUGCUGGUAUUGAAUACCUUGGAGUGGAAAAUGGGUUCAGCCACUCCUUUUUCUUAUCUACAUUAUUUCAUCAGUAAAUUCUGUGGUGAAUCUAGACCAAAGGAAACAUUCUCUAGAGUUGUGGAACUUAUUUUGGCUCUGAUAAAAGAGAGUAAUUUGCUGGAUCAUAGACCAUCUAUUGUAGCAGCUGCUGCAGUAUUGGCUGCAUCUUACAGUCAAUUAACAAAAGAAGAAUUGGAGCUCAAGAUGAAAGUAAUUUCAUCAUGGGGUUCUCUGGCAAAUGAGCAUAUAUUUUCCUGUUAUAUUAUAAUGCAGGAAAUAGAAAUGGGAAAACUUAAGACACCAAAGCAAUUUCUUUCUCCUAAAACAUCUCCAAUCCAUUCUAGUUCCUCAAUUGCUGUUGUUGAGAAUUCUUGCUUCACUACCUCUGGAGGUGGCACUAAAAGAAGACUCACUUACAAUGAUUCUGAUCAAAAUUGUCCAGGAAAGAAAAUCCAUCAUCCUUCAUAGUCAGUGAUUUUGAUACAAGGGGAAGUGAAUUGGGUUCAUUAGUUGGAAUGUAGGAUUAUUAUUAUUAUUUUAUUUUUCUAUAAAAACUGAUUAUUUCUACUUAGGUUGGAUUAUAGGUCUAAUGAGUGUUGUUAUAUGGCAUUUAAUGGAAUGAUUUUUGACAUUGAUGAUUGGGUUUCCAUUUUCCAAUACCCAACAAAAAAGUCUCAGCCAAGUGACAACCCAAGAAGAGGAUUUUUGAUAGAGAAAUGGGAAAGUAAAUAAAUAAGAAAGGGAUAGCUUUAACCAUCAGUAAGAAGAAGUAAAGGAGGUGACUGGAGUCCGGCCAAGAAAUGGCAGAUGGCCACUGAAGAUUGUUUGUCCAUAGCAUUCUUUGUAUUGUUUGCUCUGAUGAAUAUCCCACUGUCCCUUGCCACUUUUUUCCUGGAGAAGUUGUAUUUUUUAUCCUUUUUUUUUCUUUAUUUUAUAUCAAAGUUUUGUGACAAAGAAAUAUAUGUUGAUGUAUACAUCACUGCAACCCUAGCUUUUGAGGGGGUUCUUGGUUGCUGCUUCUGUCUUUCAAAAGGCUGAAAGCCAUGAGGAAUGAAGAAUUGUUUUUGUUUGAUUUGAUA